UAUGAAUUCAGUACCUAACGAAAAACAACUAUUCCCUGUAGGCAGCCGUCGGCUAAUUUACAGCGCUAAACAUGAAUUUUUUCUUGAUUUGUGUUCUGUCUGUAACAGCUUCUUUACCUUGUGCACUGGGACUACUGUGCUACGAUUGCACCCCAGGGUUACAGAACAUGUGCACUGGUAACAACAUUACCGUAACUAAUUGCACGGGAAUGUAUGACGCAUGCCAAACAUCUGGAUUGCAAAUCAGUCUGAAGCUUCCAAAGGUAAAAAUGGACAUGAGAAUGAUGUCAUGCAGCAUGAAGUCUGCGUGCUCCAAAAUAACCACAGACGGCUGUAAAAAUGUGACGUCCUUAACCAAGGCAGUCCCAGGCUCCAAAGUAGAUGCUUGUGGCGUCAGUUGCUGCUAUACCGAUAAAUGCAACACCAAAGACCUCGUGGUACUUUCGAAACCCACCGCUAAAUCCGUGGCACCAUUCUCUGAGGUAUCCUUGAUUAUCAACCUGCUGGUGUUCCUCUUGUCAGCUGGAAUCGCUGUUACUGCGAUUUAGUGGAAAGAGGCGAGCUCAAAAGGCCGCCACUUUGGCUUUCUGCAAGGUCGUGAUAAUAACUCGGGAUUUGGUGUGCUAACCCUCAGCAAUUAUUUAAGUUUGUGAUUAGUGGUAUUUUUUCAAAGCGUGAUUAUGCUGCUUCAUUUUAGAAACGUUUUUCAAGUACCAAUCUGGUAAAGAAAAAUAACAGAGGUUAGGAAAUCUAGACAAUGGUUUGUCAGCUCUACGCUGUCAAAGAUUUUGAUGUUUAUGAUUCUUUGUGUUCUACUGUUUAUUUUUAAAUUUUUAUUAAGUGCACUUGAUUAUUUAAAUUGAGUUUUCACCUUAUAUUACUAUUAAAGAGCGCGUAAAUCAACU